AAGUCUACUAGAACCCUGUGCUGUCAGAACCCCAUCCAGAGGGUAGAGAUGGGUGCUGCUUGUGCUCAGCUCCUCUUCGCUGCCAUCUUCUGGUCAAUGCCUUACACUGGCGCUGCUGUUGUGCUGUCCGUAUCCAAAUCCAACCAGACAGACCUUCUCUACCUAACCAGACCUGGCUUCGAGGCAGACCCUGACUCUGACUGGAGUAAUCUGAAUCUUAUCAGCAUCAACGUGCCUCGUAGCCGAAAGAGGCGAGCCAUCUCCUCCAGAGAAAUGAAUGCCUUGUUGGAUUAUCACAACCGUGUCCGCUCCCAGGUCUUCCCUCAAGCUGCCAAUAUGGAGAUCAUGGUGAGGCCCCUGCAUAAACUGUACCAGGGCAGGAAAACAAGGGACUGAUGCAUGACUGACUGACACAUGCUAAGGCAGGGAAUACUAACACUCAAUCAAAUCUGAAACAUAACUUUGGUGUUCUUGCUCUACGCUAGAUUUGAUAUUUUAGAAAUAUUUUUUUGUUUGUUUAAUCAUGUAUAUUUAUUGAAUAAGUCAAACCUCGCGUAAGUAUGAGCACACAAGUAAAACAAUGUGGCGAAGAGACGCUAGAUAGAUAGGACAAGCGGACAUCUGUAAAGCCUUCCUCAUUUGAGAGGUGUUAAACUGCUGCUCUCUCUCCAUGCUUUAGGUGUGGGAUGGGAAACUGGCAAAAUCCGCAGAUUCCUGGGCCUCCCGCUGCAUAUGGGAUCAUGGACCCUCACAAACCAUGAGAUAUAUGGGCCAAAACCUGUCCAUCAACUCUGGCAGGUACUUUUGAACUGUCCCUCUUCUUUCCAUGUUAAGAACUGGUUGCUUAUGUGAAUGUUUGGUUCAACAAUGACUGCUAUAGGAACACUGUCUUACUGUAUAUCUGGUCAAAUAUGAAGUAGGGUGUUAUUUUAAGAAACAUGAGAGUGAAAAUCCGAAAUGUCUCUUCCUUCUCCUAGAUACCGAUCAGUCAUUGAGCUGGUGAGGUCCUGGCAGGAUGAGAAAUACUCCUUCUCUUACCCCAACACAUGCAGUGGACCAGUUUGUUCCCACUAUACACAGGUGUGUGGCUUAGAUAUUGCACUAAAUGUGAAUGUAUUGACUGUGGUGUGUUCUAUCCAUAGUCUUCUAUUUACAGAAGAUAAGUACUAUGCUGGUAUAGUUGAUAUUUUUAUUGGUAAGAAAUUGGGUGACUGUGUGUGGGAACUUGUCUGCAAUUAAUCAUGUUGACCAUGAGAACUACACAUUGCAUCAACAAAUUGAUACACUGCAUCUUUCUGUUUCAGAUGGUAUGGGCCAAUACCAAUAGGAUGGGAUGUGCCAUCAACAAAUGCUCAAACAUGAACGUGUACGGGAGCUCUUGGAGGACAGCAGUGUUCCUGGUUUGCAACUACUCUAUCAAGUAAGUAGUGUACACACGAAUCCUUCUCUGUUCAUAGCAAGAGCAAGCUGUCUUGUUAUAAUGAACACAAAAAAGCCAAAUCUAUAGUAUAUACCCAAUAUAGAUUAAAAUGUUUCUUUUUCAUUGUAUAAGCUAAAUUCAUCAGAGCCUUAUAUUGAAAUGAAUAUUCUUUAAUAAUGAAAGGAAACAAACAAAUAAACAAACAAGAUCAGUAGUUAACCAUGUUUUAUUGUUCUUCCAGAGGGAACUGGGUUGGAGAAGCUCCCUAUAAGAGUGGCAAGCCAUGCUCUGCCUGUCCAUCAAAAUAUGGAGGUUUGUGUAACAGAAACCAGUGUUCCUCCGCUGGUUCAAAAGCCAAAGCAAAGAAAAUAAAAAGAUAUUAG